UUAUUUGAAACACUUGUUACGUUAAAUAUUAUGACUACUUCGUUUAAGAAAUUACGUAUACUUGCCAUUCAUGGUUAUGCCCAAUCAGAUAUUAUUUUCAAUACUAAAUUGGGAUCCUUAAGAAAGGGAUUUAAAAAGGAAGUGGAUUUUUUGUUUCUACGAGCACCACAUCAAGUUCCAAUGAAGAGUAAUUUUGGUGUUGAUGAAGCAGUAGAAGGGUACGGAUGGUGGUUUAAUACAGAAGACAAUGUAUUUAAAGCAAUUGCACCAAGUAAUUUAUCAGUAGGUUUUGAAGAUAGUUUGACUUUAAUUGAAAAGACAUUUCAAGAGUCUGGUCCAUUUGAUGGUAUUAUAGGCUUCUCUCAAGGAGCAGCAUUUGUCACUAUACUUUGUUAUAUGCAACAGAAAAAAUUAUUGCAGGCCAAAUUUGAUUUUGCAAUUAUUAUAUCAGGAUUUAAGUCACUGUGUGCCCCUCAUGCAAUAUAUUACGAUGAAAAAAUAAGCAUACCUUCUUUACAUAUUUAUGGAGGAACUGAUCAAGUUAUUCCAACAGAAAUGGCAGAGGAAGUUAGUGAACUGUUUACAAAUAAAAAGAAAAUAAAACAUGAAGGUGGUCACUAUAUACCAAGUAAAAAGGAGUUUUAUAGAGAAUUUAUUAUGGAAAUGUUAUUACACAAAAACAAAAAUAACUAA